AUGAAGGGUUCCAUCUUCGCGGCUGCCGCCCUCGUGGGCUCGGCCAUGGCUGAUGCCCACCUCCACCGCCGCCAUGAGGCCAUGCACAAGCGUCACGAUGCCUCGAGCUCCGUCGUCCCCUCGGUCACUCCCUCUUCUCUGGUCCCCGGCACUGAGGAGACCUGUGGCUGCACCACCAAGGUCAUUACCUACUAUGGCUCCCCGACUCUGGUGCCCAUCGAGUCCACCACCACUCUGACCAGCACUAUCCACUCGACCUCCACCAGCACUUCCACCAUCACUGUCACUCCCUCUGUGGCUCCAGCUUCCACCUCCACCGUGGUCAUCCUGCCAACCCCCGGUCUGACUAGCUUCUCUUCCACUGGUACCUACACCAUCCCGGCUACCACUCUGACCGUCACCGACACCACCACCGUCUGCGGUGCUACCACCACCGAGGUCCCUAGCGGAACCCACACCAUUGGCGGUGUCACCACCGUCGUCGAGACUGAGACCGUCAUCACCUGCCCCUACGCCACUGUCAAGCCUACCGGCACUACCGUGACCAGCGUCAUUGAGAUGACCACCUACACUUGCCCCGCCGCUGGUACCUACACCAUUGUCCCCGGUACCGUCACCACUGUGCCCACCAGCACCGUCCUGGUCUACCCUACUCCUCAGACCAUCACCCCUGGCACCUACACUCAGACCGAGACCGUGGUGACUGUCACUCGCACUGACUACACCUAUGUCUGCCCCUACGCCACCAGCGGUCUGGCCAGCACCACUGCUCCUGCUGUUUCCACCACUGCCGCCCCCGCUCCCGCGGUUUCUUCCACCAGCUCCGCUGCCCCAGCCGCUAGCUCCAGCUCUUCCCCCUCUGGUGGUGUCACUGGUGGCGGUCAGUACGGUAUGACCUUCUCCCCCUACACCUCCAGCGGUAACUGCAUGUCCCAAUCCGAGGUUCUCUCCAACCUCCAGGUCAUCAAGGACAAGGGCUUCAACCUGGUCCGUGUCUACUCCACUGACUGCAACGGUCUCGAGUACAUCGGUUCCGCCUGCAAGCAGCUCGGCAUGAAUAUCAUCAUGGGUGUCUACAUUGACAGCACCGGUAUCUCCGGCGCCCAGGAGCAGGUCCAGGCUAUUUCCAAGUGGGCCCAGUGGGACAUGGUCGAUCUGAUCGUCGUCGGUAACGAGGCUGUCUCCUCCGGCUACUGCUCCGCUUCCGACCUCGCCGGCUUCAUCUCCUCUUGCAAGUCCACCUUCCAGGCCGCCGGCUACUCUGGCAAGGUCACCACCACCGAGCCCAUCGACAUCUGGCAGCAGUACGGUUCCUCCACCCUGUGCAGCCCCGUCGACAUUGUCGGUGCCAACAUCCACCCCUUCUUCAACUCCCAGGUCACCGCCGCUCAGGCCGGUGAGUUUGUUCUCUCCGAGUUCAAGCUCCUUGAGGGCAUUUGCAACAAGGACGUUGUCAACCUGGAGACUGGUUGGCCCAACGCCGGUAACGCCAACGGUGCCGCCGUUCCCGGUGUUGCCGAGCAGGCGACUGCUAUCAAGUCCAUUGCCGCCGCUCUGGGCUCCAAGUCCAUCUUCUUCUCCUACGCCAACGAUGACUGGAAGGCCCCCGGUGCUUUCAAUGUUGAGCAGCACUGGGGCUGUGCCUCCGUCUUCUAA